UAUUGAUUUAAAUAAAAGAUAAUGAGUUGUGAGGUUAGGAAGAAACACGUAGAAGUAGAAAAUUAGAUUAAAAUUAAAUUCGACAGAUUUUUUGAAGAAGCCAUUUAGUAUUAACCUGUUUCCAAAAUGUGCGAGUGUGAAACAACUAGCGAUCUAUAUUACGAUACCGUACUUAAAUUGACCAAAGAAGCUGGAAAGUUAAUAAAUGAAAAAAUAAAGAUUAGAAACAAAAAACGGGAAAUAAAAUCUAGUAAUAUUGAUUUGGUGACGGAAACAGAUCAAGCCGUCGAAAAACUGCUAAUUGAUGGUUUGUUAAGAGAAUUCAAAGACCAUAAAUUUAUUGGCGAAGAAACCGUCAGUUCAGGGGGCGAAGUGAAAUUAACAGAUGCUCCAACAUGGAUUAUAGACCCCAUAGAUGGGACCCUGAAUUUUGUUCAUUCCUUUCCACAUUCGUGUGUUUCUAUAGCUCUUUUCGUAAAUCAAAUACCUGAGAUAGGAAUUAUUUACAAUCCAAUGAUGAAUCAACUCUUUAGCGCCAGAAAGGGCAAAGGGGCAUUUUUAAAUGAACAACAGAUUCAUGUGUCUGAUAUCAAGGAUUUGUCUGAUGCUCUGCUUAUGAUGGAAUGUGGAACUAGUCGGGAAGUAGAGAGAAUGAAUGCUGUUUACGAGAAUCAAAAGAGAUUAAUGCCAAUAGUGCAUGGAUUGAGAUCAUUGGGAUCGGCUGCUCUAAAUAUGGCGAUGGUGGCUUUGGGUGGUGCAGAUGCUUAUUUUGAAUUUGGAAUUCAUAUCUGGGAUAUUGCCGCUGGUGAAAUAAUAAUAAGGGAAGCGGGUGGAGUGGUCAUUGAUCCUUCCGGUGGGGCUUUAAAACGGUUUUCAAGGAGGGUGUUAUGUGCAAGUUCACAAGAGUUAGCUGAAAAACUAUCACAAGAGCUGGUUCAAUUGUAUCCGGAGCCAGAUGCCUAAUUAAUUAAUAUUUUGAAAAAAUAUAUAGUUAAGUCCUAAUCAAUUAAUAAAAUGUUACCUUAUUUUGUAUUUUUAUUAAGGUAUAUGAUUAUUUUACUUCGCUAAAAAUGUUAUUUUCUGCAGUAUUAUAA